GGAACCAAAGAAGGGUCACACUCCUGUCGGAAGAAGGGAGCGGUUACUGCAACGCAAUACUAGCUGCAUUUCAGAGUAUAAUACUGUUUGUUAUUAUUAGAAGAUCGCCGAUAUCAUAAGGUUUAUCCCAUUACAAAUACAUCGAUAUGGAAUUAUCUGAAAUCCUGUAUAACAAAGCAGAAUAUAUUGAAACGGCUUCAGGCAACAAAGUGAGCAGACAGUCUGUGCUAUGUGGAAGCCAGAACAUUGUACUCAAUGGAAAAACUAUUGUAAUGAACGACUGCAUCAUCAGAGGUGAUUUGGCCAAUGUUAGGGUGGGAAGACAUUGUGUUGUCAAGAGCCGAAGCGUGAUCAGACCACCUUUCAAAAAGUUCAGCAAAGGAGUUGCUUUUUUCCCUCUGCAUAUAGGGGACCAUGUGUUCAUCGAGGAAGACUGUGUUGUCAAUGCCGCUCAGAUAGGCUCCUACGUUCACAUUGGAAAGAACUGUGUCAUAGGCCGCCGUUGCGUGCUGAAGGACUGCUGUAAGAUCCUCGACAACACGGUGCUGCCCCCUGAGACCGUGGUGCCGCCCUUCACCGUAUUCUCCGGCUGCCCAGGGCUAUUCUCUGGGGAGCUCCCCGAAUGCACACAAGACCUGAUGAUAGACGUGACCAAAAGCUACUACCAGAAGUUCCUGCCCCUCAGCCAAAUCUAAUCAUCACCAUCACCACCACCCCCACCACCACCUCAAGAACCUAGGAACCUUGGAAUAAUCACACCAUAGUCACAUGCAAAUGUAAUAACUUUUCCCCGCUUCUUCUGUUCGGUGCUCCCAGUUGCCUUGGGCAGCAGUGGUUUGCACAAAGUUCAACGUCAAUGAACCGCUUUGUUUGGAGGAAAAGCACGUUGAAAAGCAGCCGUCAUCCUUGUUUUUCCCUGCUUAUUUUGGAUGGAUACUUGUACUUUUUAAUCUUUCAAAUGUAUUGAUUGCGUAAGGCUUGAUUUUUUUCAAAUGAUACAUUUUCUGCUUUGUAUAACUUUGUUUGACGUGUCAUUAUCCUUAGUGGAGCUUACAGGUGCCCACGGUGAAUUUAUCUCCUAGUAUUUGAUUCAACCAUCAGGAUUUGCUAAUUUGCUUGAAAACAAGUGAUGUUAUUUAUUUUCUGCUUACAUUGGUCGUUACCUUUCUCAACCUGCUACGGAUAUAAAUGUACAUUGUAUGUCUAUUCAUUUGACAGAUUUGGCAGAAGAUGAUGGGGAGAAGUGGCAAGUAGAAUAAUAGUAGCACAUAAGAUAUAAAGUGGACCGAGGACUGAUGGGGCAAGGCUUGUAUUAGGUUUAGCCCUUUUCUUAAUUUAUGGACCAACCGGUAAAUGGGGCUGAAUUGUUGUCAUAGCUUAGUCCCAACUUGAACGUAGAUUGAAACCAUUUUCAUUGUUGUCACAUUAAAGGGCCCCUAUUUUACCACAAGGUGUGAAUGUGAUUAGCCAUUUAAAUCGUACCACUUGGUACAUUCCCCUUGGCAGGAUAGUAGACGGAUCUAUCCAGCAUGAAACUGGGUGCACACUCCCACUUGCCAUAUCACAAUGUCACAGGGCAGGUCCUUAAAUUGACUGGAAUGACUCACAGGAAUGCAGUGGAUAUCGUUGAGAAACACUCUCUGGUUGUUCCUGUUGAACACUACUAAUCUUUUAUUGAAUAGCGAUUAUUUAAUAUUGGCCAUGUUUUCUUUCAAGUAAUAACAAUUGGUGUAAAUUAGCCUAGGCAGUUUCAAUUUUGUCUGUUUAAUAACCACUUAUUAAAAACCGCUCGACAAGUUUGUACAUUUACAACAGACUCGUGGGAUACGUAAAUUUAGCGUUGUUUUUAAAGGCACAAAUCUGAAACUGCUUUGGAAAUAGAUUAAUGCUCCAUUGCCAUCUAUUGGCUUGCGUCCAUAGCAUAGACUGUAAAGGGCUAUACUAAUUGGAUUUCUAUCAAGAUCGGAACUAGUAUUUAUGACAUGAUUAUUUGAGCACUCAAUAUUAAACAAUGUUUUUAAGCAAUAUCAAUUGUAAAUAUUUACAAAGAUCCUAAAAGUCACUUCCAACAGCAGUGAACAUUGAUAAAUAUUGUAGAUUCGCCAGUCUGGAUAAGGCCUACUCUGGAAUUCAGUGUUUUAUUGCAGUUGCCAAAUAAUCAGCAAGAAGCUUGAGAUUUCCUCAUUUUUUUAUUAAACAUAGUACAUCAAAUUGCAA